GUCAAAUGUCUUCUGUUCAGCGGUGUUACUUUUUAGUAAGUUCUCAAAGUUUGUGACAACUUGUAAACGAAUGUCGCUUGUAAUCCUUGCUACAUAGACGGAGCAGGCUUUGACACAGUAAAGGGAUGAGCAAGGAAAGCCAUAGAGCCACUGCGCAAGAGUGUGUUGCCUUGAGAGAUUUAGUGUCUAAGCUCCGGCAGGAGCUGCUGCUUUGUAAGACAGAGACACAGAAAGUCAAGGAUCAGCUCCAAUGUCUGAUUUAUCUUGUGCGCAGGUCUUGGUCUGGUGAUCAAGUUGCUUCAAUCCAUGUUGCAAAUAUAGUAGGUGUUGCCCCACCAGACAUCAAGACGAUGGAAGAAAGGAAUGCAAUAACAGCAGUUCCAAAGUCUCGUGCCGUCAAUAACUGGGCCAUGCUCUGUAUUGGGCUGUUGAACAGGAUGUACCGUGAGGAGGAACUAGAGCUUAGGGCCUCGCAGCUUAUGUACCUUCAGGACAGGGAGGGGUACCUUGACGAGCAGUUGUCAUCUCACAAGGAUGUCAUGCACCACCAGGCUAACAUGACGCUGCUCAGGACCAACACCCUGCAACUACUACAGGCCAAAGAGCAAGAAGAAAUGCGACAAAGGAAGGAGCGCCGAGAGCAGAUGGAGAAGCAGAGACAAGAGUUACGUACCCAGUACUCGCGCAAACACCCACCACAGUCACGUGUGCACCACCACCCAUUACAAGAGAGCGUUCAUCCUGAGAGAGAGCUCGUGGCCGGGGAUGCACUGUUUGUCAAGCCGGUGACGAGAAAACCAGUCGCGCAUGAGGUACGACCUAGCCUACGUGUAGCCGUUACUCGCGGAACAAGUCAUUUGCGAGGAGCAAAUGAAGUUGUUGACCUCGAAGCGACAACCACGCAUCACAUGUCUAAAGGCGGCACCACAGCCAAUCAGUUUUCUGAUGAGAAUACUCGAAAACAUCCAAAUGCCACAAGUGACGGAACUCAAAUGCGAAUUAAUUCAGGCAAGACUAAUAAGCACGUUCGAUCGCAGACAGCUGAUGGGUCUCCUAGCAAACCUAGACCGAAGACCGCGGGACACGGCAGCAGGGACACAUUUCGGCGUGACCGCCCAGAGAGUGGCAAGAAACCUCGACCAGUUUCUGCACACCUGGCAAAAGCGAGGACUGUGAAACCGCCACCAGCAUUUGACACGUCAAGAACCAGACAUCAGCUUGAACUGAUAGAGAGAGAUCUUAGAAAAACUACCAAGGGCCUACAAGAUAGGCUGGGGAUUUCACGGCAAGGGAUGGUUUAACACAUGUAGCAUUGUGCAUUUUCACAACCGUACGCUGUAUACAAGAUGACAGAGUGGUUUUCAUUAUCCACACACCCUAAGACUGUGUUGUCUGAAGUCAUUCAGCACUUUUUGCAGGCUGAGGCUGUUGAAAAUACAUCCUCAAACCAAACUGUAUUACAAGAUUAUGAACAAUAAUAUGAGCUUUCUAAGAUUAGUUAUAUUCCAUGUGACAUAAAUUUUACAAAAUACUCAGUUAUUACCAAUUUUAUCUAGUUUGCAUGAUUUUAUCAAGAAAUGCUUUAGAGAAGUUUACAUGAAUCAGUUAUUCUUAAAUAUUAAAAAAACUACAUAAUACAUAAAUUUUUAUUAGGCUUUUAAAUAAAAUGGCUAUCACCUUUAGAAUUUCAACUGUGCUCAAUAUAUUUCCAAACCACAGCAUACUUAUAAACAUAACUAUUUACUUCUAUUGCAUGCCUCUUUAAUUAAUGACCUUUUGCACUUUAAUUAGACUUUUUAGAGUCUGAUUUUGUUAAUGGCUGAUAGCUCUUUAUAAAUUCAACUAAAAUCCACAAAUUGACCACAAAGAAUACAAUGCUUGCCAGCCAGAUAAAGAUAAAGGUGUUGAAUCCCUGGAAUUCUAGAUAAUAGGCAGCCAGCAGCCACAGACCCUGUUGACAAACAAAAAUAAGUAAAAAGAAAUUAGUUCAGAGGUCUUACUGAUAAAGCAUAAAAGUUUUUAAUUCCA